AGCGGUGAUGAAAAGAGACUCGACUAGAUCUUUAAAUGGGUCACCAACCACCAGGGUCUUUCGAGGCUUGAAUCGUUCUCUUUCCGUAAACCUUCCAUACUUCCUUUCUGUGGGUCACAUCACCGUGCCAAGGUCAAACUCCCUUGGUUAGAUGUACCAUUUUCUGCCGUCACCCAUACAAUCAAUUAUUACUUUUCCAGUCGACCUCGUACUCCAUAUUCUGUACAUGUCGGUGUUUAUUUCAUCUUUCUUUCUCCUUACUAGGUCGACAUGGCACACGACCCACCGCCACUUGCCGUCAUUUGCCUAGGUCCUUCUUACUCCGGGACCUAACCAUUUGCUAUAUACCUCACUUCCUUCCCACAUCAGAAUACCCCGCCACGCUUGAACAAAGAACCUCCAUUCACCAUGUUGUCUUAUGAGAAUCGUUCCUCAAAUAUGGCUCAACCAACGCCAGCCAUGCCGGAUCAUUUGCCCAUAUCAACUUCGUCGUCUGCAAAUUCAUUGACAAAUGGCUCAUCAAGACAGCCCAAGACAGGCCAUUCUCACAUCUGGUUGAUUACCGGUCCUGCUGGAUGUGGAAAAAGCACAGUGGCUCAAUAUGUCGCCAAAGCUAUGAACUUGCCAUAUAUUGAAGGAGAUGAGUACCACCCGCAAUCAAAUAUUGAUAAAAUGGCCCAAGGCAUACCCCUCAAUGAUGCCGACCGUUGGGACUGGCUCACCAAACUCCGCGACGAAUCUGUUAAAAGUCUCAACUCCGGCUCCCAAGGCGUUGUACUCACCUGCUCUGCCCUGAAGCGCAAAUAUCGCGACGUCAUCCGUGUAGCUUCCUACUACGAUCACAAUGUCCUCGUUCACUUUGUAUACCUGCAUGCUAGUGAGGAAACAUUGCUCGCGAGAGUCGGCGCCCGAAAGGGCCAUUUUAUGGGCGCGAAUAUGGUUCAUAGUCAAUUUGGCAUUCUCGAACCACCUACAAAAGACGAGACAGAUGUGAUCCAGGUAGAUGUUAGUGGAUCGUUAGAAGAAGUCGAGCGAGAUGCGUUGGCGAAGAUAAACACGGCAAUAAAGAAAGAAUUGGCUAGAGACUCAUGAUCUUCAUACUUUUACACCAUUGCACUGUAGAAGAUACUCGCAGUGGAGAGAUAGAGAGCUCAUUUUCUUUUCAAAUUACAACACGGCGCUCGGUGACCAAUUGGCGGACUAGAUAUCCUUCAUCAUUCAUCUACGGUUUGAGCAAUCACGGAUAUUUUCUCGGCUACACGAUUCGGAGUUGCUUAUGGUAUUUGUUUCUUAUUUCAUGUGUCUACAUUUACAUUUCGCAUACGGAUCUCGGUGGGGCUAGCAAAAAAGGGUUUGGCGUAUUUUCUUCUAGCUGUAGCUAGAUAUGGGUUCUAUUAUGUUCAAACGCAUGAGUUUCUUUAAUGGGUGGGGUUUCGUGUCAUGACCAGUCGCAAGAUGAGAAGACGAGAGAGAACAGUCCGUAAACAAACGAAGCGAAAUUGGAAGGAGGUGAAGGAACUAGAUGGUUGGACAAGUACGCAAUUAGAUUAAUUAAGAGUAUCACGCAUCAAAAUUCCUCAUGCAGCCAUCUAUAAAUGGUUG